CGGGCUGCUCGUUUGUAGGGUGGUUGGGCUCUUGUGGCAGGGCGGUGAGCCCCGGGAUCUGUCUCCGAGGCCGCGCUCCGCGCCCGCGGGUUCCAGGCCGCUGAGCCCGAGGCCAGCCUGAGUGUGUGGGGAGCACGUGAUGGGGCGUGAGCGCAGCCCCCGACCUUGGUGGGGGCGCAAGGGGCUCCGCGGGCGUGACCGUGACCGUGGCCGCGCAGCGGGGAGUGCGAGGGCCUCCCCCCGGGGUCCCCCCUGCAGGCUGCCCCUGAGCCCCAGCAGCAGGACCCGCGCCCCUGGGCCUGGCCUGGGGCCCGGGAGGCUGCAGAGCCGCGCACGGCCGGGGGAACGCUGCCGAGGGCGCCUGGAGACCCCUGCCCCGAAGGUGCAGAUGGAGACCCCUGCCCCGAAGCCCCGGGAGACAGCUCUUCCUAGAGAAGAGGACAUGGCCAAGACACAAGUAAUGCUGAGGACUUUGCUUUCUUUGCAGGACCCAGUGACAUUCCAGGAUGUGGCUGUAGAAUUCACUCAGGAAGAGUGGGAGCACCUGGGCACUACUCAGAAGGCACUGUACCGAGAAGUCAUGCUGGAGAACUACAGGAGCCUGGCCUCCCUGGGGUGCCAGGAUUUCAAGCCUGAUGUGAUCUCCCAGCUGGAGCAAGGCAGAUCACCAUGGAUGGUGUGGAGGGACAUCCCUAGAGACCCCUCUCCAGACCAAGAGACCAGAUCUAGAACUGCAAAGUCAAAUUUGAAGCAACUAAUUUCUGAAGAAUUUUCCCAGGGCAUGGUAAUCAACAAAGGUAAAAGGAAUGGAAUCUGUUACUCCACCAGAGAAGUCCUAGAAUCUCUUAGUUGUUUAGAGAGCCAUCCAGGGCAGAUGGCAUUUACCCGUAAGAAAAUCCUGACUCAGGAGAACAUUCUUGAAGAUGCUGGAUUUGAGUGUGGACAGCAGUCAGACUUUGUUACUCAAAGCACAAUUCCUUCAGGGAAAACAAAGUAUAAAGAUGACAGUUAUGGCAGCAGCUUUUCACAUAACCUAAAUCUAAGUAAUCAUCAGAGAAUCUACACAUGUGAAAAGCUAUACAAAUGUGAUCAAUGUGGGAAAGACUUUAGCUGUGGUCUGGAUCUCACUCAACACCAGAGUACACAUACUGGAGUUAACUCAUACCUUAUUAGAUACCAGAAAUUUGGUGCUAGAGAAAAGCCCUUCAAAUGCAGAAAUUGUGACAAAUCUUUUAGCAGGGGUACACACCUUAUACAACAUGAAAGAUGUCACACAGGAGAGCGACCAUAUGAGUGUAAUGUAUGUGGGAAGUCCUUCAGCUGGGACUCGUCCCUUAUUCUACAUCAGAGAACUCAUACUGGAGAAAAACGCUAUGAGUGUAGUGAAUGUGGGAAGGCCUUCAGCCAAAGUACAUGCCUCACACAGCAUCAGAGGAUUCAUACAGGAGAGAAACCUUAUGAAUGUAAUCAGUGUGGGAAGACCUUUAGCCAAAGUUCACAUCUAACUCUGCAUCAGAAAACUCAUACUGGGGAGAAACCCUAUGAAUGCAAUCAGUGUGGCAAAGCCUUUAUUCAGAGCAUUCAACUUACUCUGCAUCUAAGAACUCAUUCUGGAGAGAAACCUUAUGAAUGUACUGAAUGUGGUAAGACCUAUAGUCAUAGCUCAUCCCUAAUGCAGCACAAGAGGAUUCAUACUGGAGAAAAACCCUUUGAAUGUAAAGAAUGUGGGAAAGCCUUUACCCAGAGCAUUCAGCUUACUUUACAUCUGAGAACACAUACUGGAGAGAAACCCUAUAAAUGUACUGAAUGUGGCAAAGCCUAUAGUCAUAGGUCAUCCCUUAUUCAACAUAAGAGGAUCCAUACUGGAGAAAAACCCUUUGAAUGUAAUGAAUGUGGGAAAGCUUUCCGAUGGAACACACACCUUACUCAACACCAGAGAAUUCAUACUGGAGAGAAACCUUACAAGUGCAAAAAAUGUGACAAAUCUUUCAGCAGAAGUACACACCUUAAUCAACAUCAGAGAAUUCAUACUGAAGGGAAACCCUACAAGUGUAACGAGUGUGGGAAGACUUUUGGUCAGAGUGUGUAUCUGAUUCAACAUCAGAGGAUGCAUACUGGAGAAAAACCCUAUCAAUGUGAGGAAUGUGGAAAGGCCUUCACUGUAAAUGCAUACCUUGUUCAACAUCAAAGGAUUCACAAGAGAAAUAAACCUUUAUUAUGUGCCAGUCACAAAGAAAUUCUGACUGGAGAGAAAUUCAACAAAUGUAUUUAAUGUGGGAAAAUUUUCAGCAUAAGCACAGGCAUUCCUCAACAUGAAUAAAUUAAUAAAAGAGAGAACUCCUAUAAAUAUAACUGUGGAAAAUAUUUCACUUCUACCAUGCCACAAAUGCUAGAAUACUAAUAUGUUCAUCAUAAAGAAAACUAAGAAAGUGGAAAA